AUGUCGCCCGCGCGAUACGUCACUCCUGAUCCCGAUGACGACGGCUACGACGAGGACGUGCCCGCCGACCCCCCACCCCCUGCCGCCGACGACGAUGCCGCGCCGGACGACGAGCCUGUCUUGCCCGACCCGUCGUGCUGCCCCGCGCUCCCGCUGCUUCUGCUCGCGCUCAUCGGCACGGUCGCGUUUUCCUUCUCGCGACAGGAGCAGCGGCGAGAGGCAGCGAAGAAGUGGCACGGACGCAGCGAGCGCGCAGAGGCAGAGCACGAGUAG